CCUCGAUCUGUACCAUGGAGUUCUCACGGAUUGUUCUCCUCUGCGUUGCGGUGGCCGCCGUGUGGGCGGUGCUCGCCGCCGCCGACGUCGUCGCGGCGCAACGGAGCCCCAGCUGUGCAACGAGGUGUGGCAACGUCGAGGUCCCGUACCCGUUCGGCUUGGACGAGGAGUGCGCAAUCAACAGCGGCUUUCAUCUCAACUGCUCGACUGCAGGCGGCACCACCACGCUGUUUCACAGCAACAUGGAGGUGAUCAAGAUCUCUGUGCAGGCUAACAAGGCCUGGGUCAAGACUUUGAUCUCGCGCCAGUGCUACAACCGAUCCACCAAGCAGGUGGAGAUAUCCAACGAGAAGUCGCUGAACCUUACCGGCACGCCCUACGUGCUAUCGGCAGACGAUAACAAAGUCACCGUCAUCGGGUGCAACAAUCUUGCCUACAUGCGAAGCAACGAUUACAUAAUCGGAUGCAUGUCGACAUGCAACGGUAUAAGCCCCAAGAACGGCUCGUGUUCCGGUGCUGGGUGCUGCCAAAUGAAUCUCCCAAGGGGAGUCCGGAAUCAUCAAGGCUAUUUCAACCCGUUAUACAACACCACCGACAGGAAAUGGAGGGCAACCCCUUGUAAUUACAUUGGUGUGAUCGCAAAUGAAGCCUUCAACUUCAGCACCACCUAUCUCUCCUCGACAGCGUUCUAUAACGCAACAGUGGGCUCAGAAAAAACAAUUGUGAUGGAAUGGGCGAUUACAAGGAAUACAUGUCAAGAAGCAAUAGUCGAUAAGAACACACCCUAUGCGUGUGUUAGCAACCAUAGCCAUUGUAUUACGAAUGAUGCGGGCUACGCCUGUAAGUGCUCCAUUGGAUAUGAAGGCAACCCUUACAUCGUCAACGGAUGCACAGAUAUCGAUGAGUGCCUAGACAAUGUUACGUACCCAUGUGCUGGAAUUUGCAAAAAUACACUGGGUAGUUUCACUUGUUCAUGCCCACGAGGGAAAAGCAUGAAGAUUGGUGUUUGCGUGAAAGAUCAUAUGCCAAUUUGGAUAGUGCCGGUUGUUGGUACAAGUCUUUUGCUUCUAGCACUUUGUCUUGGUGGACCCUUCAUAAUGCGUAAAAUAAAACUACAGAAGGUCAAGAAGAUGAAACAAAAGUUUUUCAUUCAAAAUCGUGGAUUACUAUUUCAGCAAUUAAUAUCACACAACUCAGACAUUGGUGAAAGAAUGAUAAUUACAUUAAGGGAGCUAGAGAAGGCCACAAACAAUUUUGAUAGAGCUCGAGUGGUUGGUGGUGGAGGGCAUGGAGAUGUGUUUAAAGGAAUUCUAGAUCUACAUGUUGUGGCAAUCAAGAAAUCAAAAAUAGUAGUACAAAGAGAAAUUGAUGAAUUCAUUAAUGAAGUCGCUGUUCUUUCUCAAGUGAACCAUAGAAAUGUGGUGAAGCUCUUAGGAUGUUGCCUUGAGACAGAAGUCCCCUUGCUAGUUUAUGAGUUCAUUUCAAAUGGAACCCUUUAUAAUCAUCUUCAUGUUGAUGGAUCAAUCUCACUGUUAUGGGUUGAUAGAAUAAGGAUUGCACUUGAAGUUGCUAGAGCUUUGUCCUAUCUACAUUCAGCUGCUUCUAUGCCGAUAUUUCAUAGAGAUAUUAAGUCAUCGAAUAUACUUCUUGAUGAUAGUUUAACAUCAAAAGUAUCAGACUUUGGAGCUUCAAGGUACAUUCCAAUUGAUCAAACAGGAGUAACUACUGUUGUUCAAGGAACACUGGGAUACUUAGACCCUAUGUAUCAUUACACAGGUCGACUAACGGACAAAAGUGAUGUCUUUAGUUUUGGUGUUCUUCUCGUAGAAUUGCUUACUAGAAAGAAACCAUCCAUCUAUAGAUCCAAUGAUGGUGACAAUCUUGUUUCACAUUUUGAGAAGAUGCUUGCAACAAGCAACCUAUUUGAUAUAAUAGAUCCUCAAGUCAUGAAGGAGGAAGAUGGAGACCUCCAAGAAGUGGCCACACUUGCAGCGAAAUGUACUAAAUUAAGAGGAGAAGACCGGCCUACAAUGAGGGAAGUGGAGAUGGAACUUGAGAACCUGGUAGUAAAGAAAAAACUUGUUCCAUCUAUUACAACACCAGGGAGAAAUGAUAAGGAUGAAGAUCAGGUUCAAUACAUGUCAGUGCAACCGGCAACUAACGAGUCAAGCAAACAAUACACCACGGAAGAGGAAAUACUAUUAUCAGCAAGUUACCCUCGAUGAACUUGUGUACUCAUGAACAAUGAUGAGCUUUCUUAGUUGUCUUCUUAAUUAUGUGAUAAAUACUGCAUGAACUUUUCGGAA